GAAGUAUCAUACAUGCAUUCUGAAGGUAUUCUGGCUGGUGAAUUAAAACAUGGACCUUUGGCUCUUAUCGAUGAGAACAUGCCUGUUAUUCUUAUCAUGACAAAGGAUUCAUUGUAUCCGAAAGUACAAAGUGCUCUUGAACAAGUCACUGCUCGUAAAGGUCAACCAAUUAUUAUCUGUAAUGAUGGAGAUGAGGGUAUAUCGAAUAAUUACAAUCAUAUCAUUUGGCCGUAUUGCACGGUGUUGAUGUCGAUUUCCCAAGAAAUUUGGCGAAAUCU